AAUUGAACUGUAGGAAGAAACAGAGAGAGACAGAGGUGUUUGUCAGUGCAGAAAAACAAAAAGGAGAGAGAAAGCAAUGAGAAGGAAAAGAAAGCUGCAGCUCAACAUCACUCCCUAGAUCUCUCUAUCGCUCUCUUUUCGCCCCUCGCACACGGGCGGGUUCGAAGAUUAAUUAUAUUAGCACUGCCACUAACCCACCCACCCCAUCUCUCGCUCUCUCUCUCUCUCUCUCUCUCUAUGAUAAUCAACAAACAGCUGGCGGAGGUGGGGCACUGAGUCAACCCGACUGAGUUAUGGGCUGUUGCGAAUCGUCCGCCUUGAAAGAACCGCACCUGGAAGACAAAAACCACCAGCAACAGCAGGGCCAAAACAACAACCACCGUCCUUACCCGUCCAAUGGAACCGACGCCGUUCCACCAGGACCCGGAGGCGUGCCUGCGUUUUCGGAGUUCUCGUUCGCCGACCUGAAAGCAGCCACCAACAACUUCAGCGCCGACUUUAUCGUCUCCGAAAGCGGAGAGAAAGCCCCCAAUGUCGUCUACAAGGGCCGCCUCCAGAACCAAAACAAUCGUCGAUGGAUCGCCGUCAAGAAAUUCACUAAGUUGGCCUGGCCCGACCCCAAGCAAUUCGCCGAUGAAGCUUGGGGUGUUGGGAAGUUCCGGCACAAAAGGCUUGCUAAUUUGAUUGGGUAUUGCUGCGAUGGCGACGAAAGAUUGCUAGUUGCCGAGUACAUGCCCAACGAUACCCUUGCCAAACAUUUGUUCCACUGGGAAAAUCAGACCAUUGAGUGGGCAAUGCGUCUAAGAGUUGCUCUAUACAUUGGUGAAGCAUUGGAUUAUUGCAGUACUGAAGGUCGUCCAUUGUACCAUGAUUUAAAUGCAUAUAGAGUUCUCUUUGAUGAGGAUGGUGAUCCUCGGCUUUCGUGUUUUGGGUUGAUGAAAAAUAGCAGGGAUGGAAAAAGUUACAGCACUAACCUGGCUUAUACACCUCCUGAGUAUCUAAGAAAUGGAAGGGUAACUCCAGAAAGUGUUAUCUUCAGUUUUGGGACUGUCCUUUUGGAUCUUCUCAGUGGGAAGCACAUCCCUCCAAGUCACGCUCUUGAUAUGAUAAGGGGUAAAAACAUUCUUCUGUUGAUGGAUUCACACUUGGAAGGAAACUUUUCAACAGAGGAGGCAACUGUGGUUUUUGAACUUGCCUCACGCUGCUUGCAGUAUGAACCCAGGGAGCGGCCAAAUACCAAAGAUCUUGUAGGAACACUCGCCCCACUGCAAAAUAAACCUGAUGUUCCAUCUUAUGUGAUGCUUGGAAUUCAAAAGCAUGAGGAAGCACCUCCAACUCCACAACACCCUCUUUCUGCAAUGGGUGAUGCCUGUUCACGGAUGGACCUCACAGCUAUCCACCAGAUUUUAGUGAUGACACACUACAAAGAUGAUGAAGGAACAAAUGAGUUGUCUUUUCAAGAGUGGACCCAGCAGAUGAGAGAUAUGUUGGAAGCCAGAAAGCGAGGGGACUUGGCAUUUCGAGACAGAGAUUUUAAAACGGCAAUAGAUUGUUAUUCUCAGUUCAUAGAAGUGGGAACCAUGGUUUCUCCAACUGUCUAUGCGCGGCGAAGUCUUUGCCAUCUCCUUUGUGAUCAACCAGACGCUGCCCUCAGAGAUGCAAUGCAAGCACAAUGUGUUUAUCCUGACUGGUCAACAGCAUUUUACAUGCAGGCAGUUGCCCUUGCCAAGCUAGACAUGCACAAGGAUGCAGCUGACAUGUUAAAUGAGGCUGCUGCACUUGAAGAAAAAAGGCAAAAGGGUGGGAGAGGAAAUUGAGAAGUAAUCCUGUAAUUUUUUUUUUUCUUUAAGCACAAAUGCUUAACGAAGCAUUUGUUGUACUCAAGUGGUUGUUGUUGUAACAAAACAUGUGGCGUUCAUAUGCGAUGGGAAAUGGAAGUGUAUCAUGCAUUACAAGAAACGGGAAUGUGGUUUUCACCAGGAUGUACCAUAGGGAGAGGGGCAAAACUUGUUUCAUUUGCAUCAACUGUCACGCUAUUUUUUUCUUGGAUUUGAUGAAAUAAUUAUUUGGUUCUUGAUGUGUA